GGAUUGUUGUCUGUCUGGAAUAAGGAUUUAUUUUCGUUCCGGUACAGCUUCACAGGAGAUGGUUACCUCGGUGUCUGUGUUGAAUGGAAAGAUAGUCUGUUAUAUAUUGUCAAUGUCUAUUCCUCUUGCAACUUGUCUGGGAAGCGGAAGCUUUGGUCUGAUUUGUUAGAUUUUAAAAAGAACAAUGCUCCGGGUGAAUGGUGUAUAGGGGGCGAUUUUAAUUCCGUGACGAAGGUUGGGGAACGCAGAGGCUGUCAUGCUGUAGGGGGCCAAACGGAAAGGGUUGAAUUUACUCUUUUCAUUGAUGCUAUGGAGGUAGUAGAUAUUCCAAUGAUGGGAAAGAAGUUCACUUGGUCUAAUUCUGAUGGUUCAGCCAUGAGCAGGUUGGAUCGCUUUUUGCUGUCAGAUGGCUUUAUUGAGAAAGGAAGCAUUACAAACCAAUGGGUUGGUAAUCGUGACAUCUCAGACCAUUGUCCGAUUUGGCUCGGGUGUUCCAA